CCGGCAUCCGCCUGGGGACGAGGAGGGCCCAGGGAGAGCCGGAGUCGGGCCGGGCUAGCCUCCGGCCCCGACGCGCAGCAAUCCUUUUCCUCGGGUCUGGCCCGCACGCCUCGCCCAGUCAGCAGAACCCCGCCAUCCAUGCAGUGCCAGUUUGUGCACACGGCUGGGACACGCUCCCUGCUCUCAAUACACCUGGCGUAGCCGGGGAGAGAGUUGUAGGCCAGCAGGAAAGGGCAAGUGGCUGGGAGACUCGAGCUGUGAGUGUGUAGAAGAGGGAAUCCCUUAUCGGAUCUGAAGAGACAUUUUUAUUAAUUCACUGAUUUAUUCUCUCAUUGAGCAAAUGCUUACUGGUCGCUUACCAUAUUCAAGACAUCCUGCUGGGUCUGGGAGCAAGAGUGGGAGUUUGGUUGGGACCACACGAGAUCCUGGGAUGUCAACAUUGGAAGGGCCCCCAGAGAUCUGAGAGUCCAACCCUUUGUCUCAUGUGCCAUCUCAGUUGCAAAGCGGGUUUAGAUCCCGGGUUGUCUGCCUCCCAGACCAAAGUUCUUUCUAUAAUAUCAGCCUUUGUCAGGGGAGAAGCAAGUGCUCUGGUACUACUUGCCGCCUUUUGGGAGGAGCUCUCAUAUGGGGAGAGGUGGUUUGCCCUCCUGCUUCAGCCUUGACAGCUGAUAAACGUAACCCCUCCUCACCAUGCUGGACAGUUUGCCAAGCUCUUAAACACCCAUUUUCUCAGAAUUAAACAUCCAUUUUCUAAGGUAGGUUAUCUUCUCAGAUGGUGAAGUUGAGCUGCUUGUAGCGUUAAGUGUCUUGAUCAGGUUCGCACCCCAAUAAGCAAAGGCAUGAAGAGCUCAGUCUUCUGAUCUAACUUGCUCUUUGCACUACAUCUUAUCUACUCUCACCUGAUGGGAUAGCUUGUUCUCCUAUCAAUAACAGCCAGUGGUGAUGUGGAGAAGGGAUCAUUUGGGGCCUUAGGUGUUGCUGAUUCUAAAAAGAUCGUAGUUUUUGAAUUAUGUUAAAAUACUUGAAUUAUUUUGUGUUUUCAAAUACUUAUGCAUAUAAGAGCAUCCAAAUCUGUUCUUUAAAAAUAAAAUAUUGGGACAGGCGUGGUGGCUCAUGCCUGUAAUCCCAGCAUUCUGGGAGGCAGAGGAGGGUGGAUCGGGAGUUCGAGACCAACCUGGCCAACGUGGUGAAACCCGUCUCUACUAAAAAUACAAAAAUUAGCUGGGCAUAGUGGCACGUGCCUGUAAUCCCAGCUGCUCCGGAAGCUGAGGCAGGAGAAUCGCCUGAACCCGGGAAGUGGAGUUUGCAGUGAGCCGAGAUCGCACCACCGCACUUCAGCAUGGGCAACACAGUGAAACUCCGUCUCAAAAUGAAAUAAUGAAAUAAAAUCUUAGGAAAAUGUGUACAUUAAUUCAUUCAGUGUUCUUCUAACACAUGUGCUAAGUGACCCCUGUGUUCCCAGAUAGUUCUAGGUGAUGCGAAUAUACAGUGAUGAAUAAAGGAGAUAUGGUCUUUACACUUUUGAGAGUUUAAGUCAUAGUGGAAGGAGAUAGACAGUAAACGAGUAAGCUAAUAAAAGAGCACCUGAUUUUGUGAUUAGUGCUGUGAAGAAAAUAAAAUAUUAGUGUGAAAAUAACAGGGGCUGGGUGUGGUGGCUCACGCCUGUAAUCCCAGCACUUUGGGGGGCCCAGGCGGGCAAAUCGCCUGAGGUCAGGAAUUCAAGACCAGCCUGACCAACAUGGAGAAACCCCAUCUCUACUAAAAAUACAAAAUUAGCCGGGGUGGUGGCGCAUGCCUGUAAUCCUAGCUACUCAGGAGGCUGAGGCAGGAGAAUCGCUUGAAUCCGGGAGGUGGAGGUUGUGGUGAGCCAAGAUCGUGCCUUCGCACUCCAGCCUGGGCAACAAGAGCGAAACUCUGUUUCAAAAAAAAGAAAGUAACUGGGAGGGAUACUCAGGAAAUGUAUUGGUUUUCUUAAAACCUGUCUUGUGAUUCUAAACUCUCUUUAGCCUUUCUUAUUCUCAAAAACACCAUUUGUGGCAUGGUCCUCUGCAGAGAAUGGUAGCAGUGUGAGAUGGAGGCACCACAAUCCCUGGUCAUCUGGGCCAAAAGCAGCUCAUAGCCCAUUUCUAUUCAGAUCUGUGUACAGGUGUUCAUAAGACCAAGAUGAAUAAGACACUGUGUUCCUGUCAAAGGGUUCAUGUUCCCUUCUGUGUUAGUCCAUUCUUGCACUAAUACUUGAGACUGGAUAAUUUGUAAAGAAAAGAGGUUUAAUUGACUCAUGCUUCUGCAGGCUAUACAGGAAGCAUAGCGGCUUCUGCUUCUGGGGAGACCUCAGGAAGCUUCCAGUUAUGGUGUAAGGCAAAGGGGGAGGGAGGCAUCUUACAUGGGAUUAGGAGCAAGAGGGAGUGAGGGGGGAGAUGCUACAUACUUUUAAACAACCAGAUCUUGGGAAAACUCACUAUCACGAGAACAGCACCAAAGGGAUGGUGCUGAACCAUUUAUGAGAAAACCAGCCUCAUGAUCCCACCACCAGCCCCCACCUCCAAUAUGGGGACUACAGUUUGACAGGAGAUUUGGUGGGGACAGAUCCAAACCAUGUCACCUUCAAAGGACUCACCUCCAGCAGGAGGGAGAGAAAGGUCAAUUAACCAUUGUAGUAUUACUGUAUAGUGAUGAUUGCAGAGCUAGGCAUAGAUGUGGCGCAAGGAACUGUCACCUGUCUUUGGAGGAGAGAUCAGAGGAGGAAAUGGAACCCAAAGAUCUGUCUACCCCCUCAGAGAUGUUGGUAAUUCUGCAUGAAAAACCAGUUUAGUGCUCGCCUCGGCAGCACAUACACUAAAAUUGGAACAAUACAGAGAAGAUUAGCAUGGCCCCUGCGCAAGGAUGACAUGCAGAUUCGUGAAGCGUUCCGUAUUUUUGUCUCCCUGGACUUUGAGCAAGAGAUGGCCACUACCGCAUCCUCCUCCCUGGAGAAGAGAUACGAGCUGCCCAAUGGUCAGGUCAUCACCAUCAGCAACAAGCGGUUCCAGUGUCCAGAGGCGCUGUUCCAGCCUGCCUUCCUGGGUAUGGAAUCUUGCGGCAUCCACGAGACUACGUUCAACUCCAUCGUGAAGUGUGACGUGGACAUCCGCAAAGACCUGUACACCAAAAUGGGGCUGUUCAGCGGCACCACCAUGUACCGGGGCAUCACCGACAGGAUGCAGAAGGAGAUUAACGCCCUGGCACCCAGCACCAUGAAGAUUAAGCUCAUUGUACCCCCAGAGUACAAGUACUCUGUGUGGAUCAGCGGCUCCAUCCUGGCCUCACUGUCCACCUUCCAGCAGAUGUGGAUUAGCAAGCAGGAGUAUGACGAGUCAGGCCCCUGUAUUGUCCACCGCAAAUGCUUCUAAAUGGACUGCGAGCCGAUGCAUAGCAUUUGCUGCAUGGGUUAAUUCAGAAGUAUAAAUUUGCCCCUGGCAGAUGCAUAUACCUCAUGCUAGCCUCACGAAAAUGAAUAAGCCUUCGAAAAGAAAUUGUCGUUGAAGCUUGUAUCUAAUACCAGCACUGGAUUGUAGAACUUGUUGCUGAUUUUGACCUUGUAUUCAAGUUAACUGUUCCCCUUGGUAUUUGUUUAAUACCCUGUACAUGUUCAGGCUGACAAGUGCUCCUGAACCAGUUGUUUCUGUCCUGCUGGUCUGUCAGGGUUGGAAAGUCCAAGCCAUAGGACCCAGUUUCCUUUCUUAGCUGAUGUUUUCCUGCCAGAACACUGUGGGCUGUUACUUGCCUUGAGUUGGAAGCAGUUUGCAUUUACACCUGUAAAUGUAUUCAUCCUUUUAAUUUAUGUAAGUUUUUUUUUUGUAUGCAAUUCUUGAUUCUUUAAGGAGAUGAAAACAGAUUUUGGUUUUCUACUGUUAUGUGAGAACAUUAGGCCCCAGCAGUACGUCAUUGUGUGAGGAAAAAUAAAAGUGCCUUUGUAACCAAAAAAAAAGGAAAAAAUAAGAAACCAGUUUAAUAGCUGCUGCUACUAAUAAAAACAGCUAAGAUUAGAUGCUUACUCUGUCCUAAACAUUGUAUGUUCACUCACUCAAUCCUAAUGUCAACCUAUGAAAGUAGAUACUGUUGUCCCCAUCUUAUAGAUGAGGAAGUAAGGCUUAGAAGCCAGUGUGGUGCUUUUUUGCUGAGUUAGCCUACCUUCCCAGAUUGAGCUCCAGGAUGAGUGAGUCAUUUAUUCAUUCAUUGUAUGUUUAUAAAGCACCUGUUAUGUACUAGGUCCUGAAUAGAAGGUAGUCCACAAAGCGGCUCUGGAGCUGCCUUCCUGGAGCUUCCAGGCUGACAAACCACUUUGAGGGUGUAUUCUCUGGGGCUUCCAGCCUUUACUCUGAUUUCCAUCCACUGGUGCCAGCACAGCUGUGGCGUGUGGAAUCCUGGUUGGACCGAGACUUCCUCCCAAGCAGAUGAAAGGAAUGGGGGGCAGAGAUGGGGGUGGAGGGCAGUCCUGAGAUCAGGAUGAGCUACUUCCCCAUAAUUCUGAAUGUCCAUCCCGUGGCCUGUGGAUCUUCUGCAACUUAUUCUAUGUUAGUGCAGUCAGUCAGAUGGUGCUUAUGUAUUGAACACCUCGAGAUGACAACAUUGAGCAGCUGCCAAGCGGAAGGCAGGGUCCUAGGCAUUGUGUAAAUGGAUAAGUCUAUCCAUUUAAUCCUCACAAUAGCUCCUCAUUAAGGUAAUUUUUACUAUCCACAGAGAGAUGGGAAUUAGUAACUUGCCCAGAACAAAGGCAAGCCUCAACCCAGAUGAUAUCUGAGCAUGACUUCACUCUUGGCGUUUGUUUGUUGUUUUUAAUUUUUUUUUUCUUUUUUAUUUAUUUUGAGACAGAGUCUUGCUCUGUCACCCAGGCUGGAGUGCAGUGGCGUGAUCUCAGCUCACUGCAACCUCCGCCUCUGGGGUUCAAGUGAUUCUCGUGCCUCAGCCUCUUGAGUAGCUGGGAUUACAGGCACAUGCCACCAUGCCCAGCUAAUUUUUGUAUUUUUAGUAUAGACAGGGUUUCGCCAUGUUUGCCAGGCUGGUCUCAAACUCCUGACCUCAAGUCAUCCACCGGCCUCUGCCUCCCAAAGUGCUGGGAUUACAGGCGUGAGCCACUGAGCCCAGCCUUGGCUCACUGCAGCCUCAACUUCCUGGGCCCGGCCUUGGCUCACUACAGCCUCAACUUCCUUGGAUCAAGCGAUCCUCCAGCUAAUUUUUAGAUUUUUUUAGAUACAGGGUCUCACUGUGUUGCCCAGGCUGGUCUCAAAUUCCUGGGCUCAAGCAAUCCAACUGCCUUGGCCUUCCAAAGUGCUAUGAUUAUAGGCGUGAGCCACAGCACCCAGCCCCAGACUCUACUCUUAAAUGCAGGAUGUUCAUUCAUUAUUUAGUCAACAAAUAUUUAGUGAGUUGCAGCUAUAUGCAGGCACUGCCGUAGUAAACAAGACAAAAUCCUGUCUCUCUUGGAGCUUAUGUUCUAGUGGAGAGACAGCAUGUAAAUAACCAAGAUAAUUUUGGAUAGUAGUAGAUACUAUGAGGGAAGUAAAGCAUUGUAGUGGGAUCUGGGAUUGGGUGGCUGUGCUGGAAGACACUGUUCAGGCAAGACCUCCAAAGGUGACAGUGAGGCUGAGGCCUAAUCAGUGAGGAGUCAGCUGUGCCAUGCUCUCCGGGAAGAGUGUUCCAGACGGACGAGAGGGCAGAUACAGAGAAAGCAUGGGGUGGGAGGAUUCGGCGUGUUUGAGGCCACAAGCAGGCAGUGUAGCUAGAGAGGGGACUGAGAUGAGGUUCAAGGGAUAAUUAGCACCACAGUGUUGGAAGAAGUUUGAAGUGUAUUAUAAGUGUAGUAUGAAGCCAUUAAUAGGUGUUGAACAGGGGAAUGAUGGAAUCCGAGUUCAAUUCUCAAAAGACCACUCUGGCCCCAUCAUCGUCUCAAGCGCUCAAGCUGUAGACCUGGAAGACCCCCAUCCUGUCAGUCGUAAACUCUCCAGCCUUCAUUUGAAAGAUCUUUUGAAUCCAUGUGCUUCUCACCACCCUGCCCCUGAUGCUCUAGUCAGGACCUCCAUCAUCUCUUGCCAGUGGUACAGCAGUAGCCCCUGAGCUGGCCUCUCCCCCUUUCAUUCUUCCAGGCACAUGUACCGCUUUCUUGCUCUGCAGUGUUGUUUUCUGCCUGUUGAUGUUGUGUCCUUUCACAUGUCAAGGUUAAAAGUCACCUCCUCUGUGAAGUCUUUACUGACUCCACCCCAGCCCUAUGUAACUGCUUUUUUAAACUGGGUCUCUGGAGGCUUGGCCUCCACCUCUAGCCAGGUGCUUUGUGCUCGUGCCCAGACAGCAUUGAGGCCAGGACUCGGCCACUGGCCCUGUGAGUUCUCCUUAAACUGGAUUAGUCUCUCCAGCACCCAGGUCCUGUAGGGCCAUGGUUCUUAGAACGCAGGCAGGUCUGGGGUUCCUAUGUGUGACAUAUUGGGGUGCAUCUGAGAUUUGUUGUUGUUUUUUAAUGCCCAUGGUUUUUUAAAAAAGGAACUUUUAUUUCCUGGCAUACACCAUGCUUCUGUUCCAAUUUCUACCCUUGCACAUUCUGUUUCUUCAUUAUUUCCUCAGGGAAGCCUUUCGUGAACUCCCCCACCCACAUUGGUGUCAUGUCCGCCCACCUUUUUUUUUUAACUUUCUUAUUGAGGUAUAAUUUAUGUACCAAACGGUGCACGAAUCUCAACUAUACAGCAGGAAGAAUUUUUGCAUAUCACACACUCAUGUAACCACCACCCAGACGGGGGCUAGAAAGCGAUGCUAAGACCCAGAGGACUCCCCUGUACCCUCCCAGUCAGUUCUACCACAGAUUCCACCCCGCUGUGGACCUCUAGCCAUAGAUGAGUUUUGCCUUUUCUUGGACUUCAUGUAAACAGAGUGCUAUGUUACGUACUCUGUGUAAGAUUUCCUUCAUUCACCCUUAGGUCUGCGAAAGCCUAUGUUGUGUGUAGCAGAAGUGACACUCUUUCAUUGUUAUGGACUAUUUCAAUGUAUAGCUAUACCACACUUAUUCAUCGUACUGUUGUUGAACAUUUGGAUUCUUUCUAGUUGUUUUUAUCAAUUUUAUUGAAUUAUAGUUUACAUACAAUAAAAUGCACACAUUUUAAGAGUACAGUUCAAUGAGUUUUGGCAAAUAUCAUUUCCCAGGGGUGAGGGCAAAGAAGGUUCUGAAAGUGAAACUGCUGAGGCAUAUAGUAUAAUGCCAAACUGUUUUCCAGAAUGGUAGAAACAGGCCGGGUGCAGUGGCUCACUCCUGUAAUUCCAGCACUUUGGGAGGCCGAGGCAGUCAGAUGACUUGAGGUCAGGAGUUUGAGACCAGCCUGGCCAACAUGAUGAAACCUCGUGUCUACUAAAAAUACAAAAAUUAGCCAGGCAUGGUGGUGCACUCCUGUAGUCCCAGCUACUCGGGAGGCUGAGGCAGGAGAAUCGCUUGAACCCAGGAGGCAGAGGUUGCAGUGAGCUGAGAUUGUGCCACCGCACUUCAGCCGGUGACUGAAGCGAGACUCCAUCUCAAAAACAAAAUGGUAGGCCGGGUGCGGUGGCUUAUGCCUGUAAUCCCAGCACUUUGGCAGGCCAAGGCACGCAGAUCACGAGGUCGAGAGAUCGAGACCAUCCUGGCCAACAUGGUGAAACCCCAUCUCUACUAAAAAUACAAAAAUUACCCAGGCAUGGUGGUGCACACCUGUAGUCCCAGCUACUCAGGAGGCUGAGGCAGGAGAAUUGCUUGAACUCAGGAGGUUGCAGUGAGCCAAGAUUGUGCCACUGCACUCCAGCCUGGGCAACAGAGUGAGACUCCAUUUGAAAAAAAAAAAAAAAAUGGUAGAAACAGUUUAUCCCUCCCACCAGCAGUGAAUGAGAGCUCUGAUUGUCCCUUGCCCUCACCUGCAUUGGUGUUGCUGUCGUUUGAGUUACAGCCAUCCUGGCGGGGUGCCGAGGUAUCCCAUUGUGCUCUCUGUUUGCAGUUACCCUUGUCUGUGCUUCCCCAGCCUUCUGGACCACCCUAAUGGCCACUCAUCAAUGAAACGUAAUAUUCACAUGCUUCUGCACUGUAUGAAGGGUCCCCGGCGUCCGUCUAACUGGCUGAAAGAUCUCCUAAGCUCUGUCCCUUCCCCGUCCU